CCGGAAGAAGGUCACGCGCAGCAACAUUCAAGAUGGCGACCCCCUUGUGUCAGUGUUACCAGAUCUGUGUGAGGAGAGGCUUGGUGGCUUUCCCUUCCUCCUACCUGCUCCUUCACAACAGACCCACUGUCUACAGGAUACAUGGGCUGCUCACAUGCUCUUCACAGUCCCCCUCAGUGCAGGUUAGGUACAUGUCGGGCGAGAGAGGCGGGGGCAGGAAAGGUUUCAUCGGAGAGUUAGUGGACAACAUAAAGCAGGAGCUCAACAAAAACAAAGAAAUGAAAGACAACAUCAAGAAGUUCAGAGAGGAGGCCAAAAAGCUGGAGGAGUCAGAGGCGCUGAAACAAGCUCGAAGGAAAUUCAAAACAAUAGAGUCAGAAACGGUGAAGACCUCCGAUGUUCUCCGGAAGAAGCUGGGAACCAUCUCAGAGAGCGUCAAAGAGGGGCUGGAGGAGGUGAGUCGUACGGACAUUGGAAAGAAAAUCAAGGACGGAAUGGAGGAAGCAGCCAAAUCAGCGAAGACCUCAGCGGAGUCCGUGUCUAAAGGUGGAGAGAUGCUGGGGAAGACCGGAGCCUUCAGAGCGAUUUCACAGGGCAUGGAGAGUGUGAAGAGGGAGAUCGAUGACCUGGGUCACACCGGUUCUUAUCGGCCUCCCGCCAGACUGAGGAAGAGGAGCGAGUUCUCCUCUAAGGGCGCCGAAGAGGAGGGCAAGGUGUUCGAAGCCAACGAGGAUGCAAUGGGUGUGGUGCUGCACAAAGACUCCAAAUGGUACCAGCAGUGGAAGGACUUCAAAGACAACAACACGGUCUUCAACAGGUUCUUUGAGAUGAAGAUGAAGUACGACGAGAGUGAGAACGCGCUCAUCAGAGCCUCUCGAGCUGUCACCGAAAAGAUGACCGACGUGUUAGGCGGGCUGUUCUCUAAGACGGAGAUGUCUGAAGUGCUCACAGAGAUUUUAAAAGCCGACCCAUCCUUCGACAAAGACACUUUCCUCAAGCAGUGUGAACGAGAUAUCAUCCCUAAUAUACUGGAGGCGAUGAUCCAAGGGGAGCUGGAGGUGCUGAAGGACUGGUGUUAUGAAGCGACCUACAGUCAGCUGGCACAUCCAAUCCAGCAAGCCAAAGCCAUGGGACUCCACUUCCACUCUCAGAUCCUGGACAUCGACAACAUUGACUUGGCCAUGGGGAAGAUGAUGGACCAGGGCCCGGUGCUGAUCAUCACCUUCCAGGCUCAGCUGGUCAUGGUGAUCCGAAACAGCAAAGGAGAGGUGGUGGAGGGGGACCCUGGAAAAGUUAUCAGGAUGAUGUACGUGUGGGCUCUGUGUCGGGACCAGGAGGAGCUGAACCCGUACGCCGCAUGGAGACUACUGGACAUCUCCGCGUCGAGCACCGAGCAGAUCCUCUAAGACUCUUUUUAAACACUCAGAGAGAGAACAUGCUGUACCUGAAGAAGAAGCCCUGGAGCAUGCUGGGAAGAAGAGAGAAGGGUGGUGUUGAGAGACAAACAAGUAUCAUGGAGACGUGACACUGAACACUUUCUCUUUUUACGUCACUGGCUUUCUGUGAUUCCUUUGACAGCCCGGCAGUGAUUCCUCUGGCUCACACUAGGGGGCGACGCACCCCCAACAACUCUCAAUCAGUGUCUCCUGCAGCGCCUCUAAGGAUGUCCAUUUAUUGCAGGGAAAAAUGAAGUUCUAUACCUCGGGUUCAGCUCUUUGAUCAUGAAUAUUAAGCAAACAGAGAGCUGAUUUGGAGCUUAAUUGUCAGGUAGAUGUCGGCACCUCUGUCCCUCACACCUCCUCUGCCAAUCAGGAACCAUGUCUGUAUAGUAAUUGUUAAAAUGUGAGAAAAAGUCUAUAUUUAUUAUGAAAAAAUAAAGAUGACGUCCACUACUUUUCACACUAAAAGACCUUUUCAAAAAUA